UCACUGAUCACAGAAAAGAGCCGAUGACACAGGCUCUGUCAAUCCUCUCCUCACACUGACAGCAUUGUAGCCCCAUCAGUGCCACCUGUCAGUGCCCAUCAGUGCACAUCAAUGCCACAUAUCAGUGCCCAUCAGAGCUGUCUUUCAGUGUUGUUAUCAGUGCCAGUCAGUGCUGCCUAUCUGUGUUGCCUAACAGUUCCAAUCAGUGCCUCCUAUCAGUGCCAGUCAGUGCCGCCUAUCAGUGCCAUAUAUGAGUGCUGCCUUUCAGUGCCCAUCAGUGAUUCCUGUCAAUGCCCACUAGUGAUGCCUGUCAAUGGCCAUCAGUGCCACCUAUCAGUGCCUCCUCAUCAGUGCCGCCUAUCAGUGCCCAUCACUGCAGCCUCAUUAGCUCACAUCAGU